UUUCUAAAUAAAUUUGUUUACGUAACAAUUUACUGUAGAAACUCGGGACUUAAAAAAAAAGAUAUAUUAAAUACGUUCCUCCAGAGGAAUCUUUAAAAUAAUCAGUUGAAUCAGUGAGUAUACUAAAGGAUUGCUAACCUUAUAUACAUACAUAUAUAUUCAGGUAGCAAUUAACGCAUUAGAUAUAUAGUAUAUAUAUAUAUAUUAUAUACAUAGAUCAUUCGAUUUUAAAUUCCUUUUCCGUUUGUGGGAAAGUGCACUUACAGGCAGACAUUAAAACGCAAUUUCGGGCACAAAGCAAUUUUAAACGGACUAGGGCGGCCUAUUAAAAUACCUCGAUAAGAAGCAGUUGCAAAAACAACGCAGUCUGGGGAUCAUUAGGUUUCUGUCGGUUAAAAAUAAGCAAAAUAAGCUGACAUGUCGCACAAUAAACAAAGGCGUAGAUAAGCGAAACAAUCAAAGUAGAGCACUGAAUAGAAAAAGGAAACAAAAAUAGAGCCCAUCAGAGAAAUACAGUUGAAAGAAUGGAUUAUUCUUUAAACGCGCAAUUAAACAUUUUUUGGUUAAAACUUGAAUUUUAUCGCAGAUUUUAAAACGUGAAAAUCAUUGUUCAAAUGGAACUUCAGCCACUGAGGCUGGACAGUUGACCUUUUUUUGUCCGUGUAAAAGAGGGAAAAACAAAGGGCAUCAGCCAAUAUGGCGAAUGUGUACUACUGUGAUGUUAAGCACCUGCACCAAGCAGAGUUCUACUCAACUCUGGAGAGCCUGCGAAGCACCAGCCGAGAACUGCGAUCUCAGGCAGCAACUGCUCCAAUUGUAGAGCAAAGUGCUAGUGUCAGCAGCAGUUCUGUCUGUCAUGGAAAGUCUAAAAAGCGGCCUUCCAAGGGGAAAAAGAAAAAAAAACCUCCUUUGGUGCUGAAUCCUGUUCCUCCGCCAGGAAUUUUAGUGACCCCCGAUCAACAGGAUAGAUGCGUUACGCACCCAGUUGUGCAUACUCCCAGUUGUCUAAGCGAUGAGUACGACAAGUGCCUUAGGAACUUGAGUCGCCUAAAAAGCUUUAAAGAAGAUUUUGCUGUGGAGGUUGCAGAUUUCAAGAGGUCCCUAAAGAGCUUUGAAGCGGAGUUUCGCAGGCCAAAGUCCACAAGCAGCAAUGGGACUCAAACACAAUCCAACAAGCAGAGUCAGACACAAAACCGCUGUCAGAAAUCUGCCAAUCCUGUCCAGAACACGGCAGAACGGGCGAAGUGCCGGAGGGAAAUGUUACGCAGGUGCUUCAGUGUCAACGAUCUUCAAGGAAUUAGCUUAGAGGUUCACUCGAAGCCUUCCAAACUAGUUCAGCCUGCGCGAAGCAACUACUUUGCACCCAGUGAGCAGGAGGAAGUUCCCAAGAUACAUAUUCAAUCGCCCACCACCUCAACGAAGCGAAGUAGUAGUGCUUCCACCGCAGCAAGAGGUCGAGGAAGACGCGGCAGAGUAAGGAAACCAGGGCCUAACGCAAAGGAUGAGAAACCACUACCUCCGCCGUACAUCUAUGAGUUGCCAGAGGAAUCGGUCCAGAGAAGAACGCCCAGUGUGUCACCGCUGCACCCAGUAUCUCGACCUAAUCUAGCGGCAACUUUGAGGGCUGAAGUUUCUAGGAAAAAGGUUAAGGACCUGAAAAAAAACUGCACAUAUCAUGAUCCUCGUCCGCAAUUCGAUUGGGAGGUGAGAAAAACGCCUGCUUGGAAAUCGCUGUCCUUGAACGAAUCUCACAAAGCUUUGUUAUCCAUCCGGCUGGCCACCCGGAAGGCAGAGCAGGCUUUUCAGGAGCGCCAGUAUGAACUACAUAUGGAAAUGAUGCGCCAACGGGUAAAAUCCGCUCCGCUUCUUCUUGAAGGUCCCACGUUCUGGGGCCCGGAAGUGGGCAAGCUCACCCACACCUGCCGGAGUGAGGAAUUGCGUCAUUCCUGUGAGGAAAGCCGGCAACGUAGAAAGAAAAAGUCCGAGUGUCCAGUUCCUGAUGCGGAUACUAAGCUGCAGCAGCUGCGCAAGAUCUAUGGUUCAGAAAAGUCUUCUUCGAGGCAGUCUCAAAGAAGCAAGCGGUCCGGACGACGGCCGCAGGGGCUGACGACCGACACGCCCAGCCAUGAUAGCGGUGACGACCUGUGCAGCGUAGAUCGAGCUUUCCUCUAG